AUGCUGUCUGUCAAAGUGUUAAACCAGCACUGCUACAGCCCCGCGUCUUCAUCGUCGCAGUACGUACCAAGAGUCUCAAACCCGAAUGCUAGUCCGCCCCGCACCACGCACGCUAACCCUUCUCGGACGGUUAUUAAUACCCGGAGUGGAGUGCUUGGCGGCUCUACUGCUCUGCUUCAGUGCCACUGCCCUGCUUCAGUGCUACUGCUCUGCUGCCUUGGGACAGCUAUCGUAUCUGCUAUCUAUCUGUUAUCUGUCCCCAUCACAUCUAGCUCAUCUCGCUUACUCCCGUAA